AUGCAGUGGCGAAAACUUACCAGGUUGAAGUCUUCGCCGGGCGGACAGUCGCGCGCUCGGAGGAUGCUCUGCUGCGGCCGCAGGAAGGAGAACGGCCGCGCGGCGCCGGACUUGACGGCGUCGCCGGGACGCGCGCCGCCCGGUCCGCCGCAACCGGCCCGUGCCAACCAUGCGCCGCCCUGUGUGCUGCAGCCAGACUUCAGAAAGGUAUCCGGAGUUAGCAAUGAAAUAUUCAGGCAGAUUGAAAUGGUUGAAAACGAUCACGAUUCUACCACCGCCGUGGCGCUCGAGGCGGUGGAGCGCCGUGGCGAGAUGAUCGUGAGAAUUCUCGAAUUGAGACAAGUUGGUCGAAACAAUAUUGAAGCCGCUAAGAAAUUCUUCGCAUUACAGGACACGCGUCAUGUAGUUCAACUUGUGGAGAUUGUGAAACGUCCAGGUCAAACCCUUGGACUGUACAUCAGAGAAGGAGACGGUGGAACAAGAACUGAUGGGGUGUUCAUUUCACGAAUAGCGUUGGAGUCAGCAGUGUACAACAGUGGUUGUUUGAAGGUUGGAGACGAGAUACUUGCGGUGAACCUAGUUGAUGUGAGACGAAUGUCAUUGGAUGAUGUCGUUAUUAUUAUGUCGAUACCUAGAAGAUUGUUGCUGUGCACGAGACAGAGAAAAGGGAAAUCUGGCCCGGGUUCGCCGUCACUACCACGAUCGGAGCACAAGCCGCCGCCCGUCGUUGUUCUCAAGCGGGACUGUCGUGACGAUGAAGACAGGGAAAGGGAAAGAGAUCGAGAUCGCGUUGACGGACUUUAUUCGCAACAUGGCACACUCCGAUCUACAGGCGGACAUGGUAAUGCAGUGCGUCCAGUUGGCGAUGGCAGGGAAGAGAGGAGUCGCCUCCAGCUCGGUGCACUGUCCCCGGAUUCUGCAGCACUUGACCUGUAUUACAAUCCUAGACCGCCGUCUGAUCAUUCUACUUGGAGUUACCGCCCGCCACCACCAGUAAUAACAGAACAACCUAAAUCAUCAGCCACACAUUUUGUACCAUACGAACGUUCGUAUCCUAAUACGCUUGAUAGUCUUGCAGAAAAAGUUCACUCGUACUAUCCACCGGAAAGUGGAAGUACACGCUUUGGGGGCAGAGUUCCGAGGUCUGGGUCAGAGCAGCAGUUGCCGCGUGCGGAAACGCACUCAGAUUUUGGGCGGCAUUCGUUGCUAAGAUCAAGCUUAAAGGCGUCGACAGCCACUGGUGGUGCAUCAAGCCUGUCAAGAUAUAACCAUCGUUAUGGUGGCGUUGGCAUGCCAGGAUCUGGAAUAACAAGCAGUGGUCUGGCAAACACUGGAUUAACGUCUACUGGAUUAGGGGGUCCAGGAUUACCAUCUGGCUUAUCUAGUACGGGCCUCAGUGCUCUUACUGGAUCUAGUCUCGUGGGACCUGGACUAACUGGCUCGGGAUUAGGGACCGGCUUGUCUGGUACUGGCUUAGGAUCUACAUUGGGUGGAGGUUACGGGACGACUGGAUUAGGACUUCCAUCAUAUAGUAGUAAAUUUGGUACAGCGAGGAGAAAUCGAAGCUUAGAUUAUUCAUCCGAUACAGAGGCUACGGCACCAACUCGACCUCCAUAUUAUUCUGGUUUAAGUGGAUACAGAAGUAGCACAUUAGGAAGGGACAUUACUUCAAAGUUUAAUUCACUGCCCAGGGAUGUGCGAAACACCGGACAAAGGUUGGGGUUGACAAGACGUACCGGAAGUGUCCUUCAAGAUGAACCAGAACCCCUAUCUUCACGACUCGAUCUUCGUUCUUCAAGAGGUCGUCUACCUUCUUCGCCGUCAGUGUUCACGUCGGACGAAUACAGAGCUUGGCUUUCUCGAGCCCCUUCUACUAGUGCACUUUACGAAACUCUGCGUCCACGUCUACCUACUCACUAUUCAGCAGAAAAUAUACACGAUGCGCUCAAAAAUAUGGAAAACGCUAGUCGUUUCGGAUCAUCAUUAGGCUUAGCGGGGCGUCGCAUUGAGCGUCCCAGGCACUUGCCAGCGCGAUCGGUAUCCUCGCAGCAGCUGGGAGCGACGCAACAGUUAGGCGGUGGGCCGGGAGGUUCGCCUUCCACUCGACGAGUCCGUCAGCUAUUGGAACUGGGCUCGCGGUUCACGUGUCCGAAUCCCAGUCCGGUACCGACCCCUGGUUCAAGGCACCAGAGACCACUCGAUAUCAAUCCUAGUGACUUCCUUAAAUACAAAGUGGAUAAGAUGACUGGUGGUGGUUUGUCGGCAUCAAUGACUGGCCUGUCACGCCUGUCGGGUGGUGUGUCAGGCAUGCUGUGGAUACACCUCCUGUCAGGGAGGGGGUUGCGCCCGGCGGGAGCAUCAGGCUCGUCCCCGGGAUCGCCGCCUUCUGGGCCUAUCAUGUCGGUUCAUCCCCCAGUUGCAACACGUGACUUGUACUGCGUUCUCGAAUGUGAUCGAGUACACAAAGCUCGUACAGUGAUUCGUAACAGCGAAUUGGACUUCGAUUGGGAUGAGGCCUUCGACCUAGAGUUAGUUGAUAACAGACAAUUGGAUGUACUGGUGUACUCAUGGGAUCCCCAACACAGGCACAAGUUGUGUUAUAGAGGUGUCAUAACGCUACCUGACUUAGUUGCUCGAUCUGCAAUGCACCAACUUGCAAUCAAGUUGGAGCCACGCGGUACAUUGUACGUGAGGAUACGGCACACGGAGCCUCAUGAGCUGUUCCGACGACGCCCGACUCAAGGUCGCGUGUCUCCUCCUCCGCUGUUCGGUUCGGAGCUGGAGGCGGUGGUGGCGCGGGAGAUCCGCCCUCCUAACGCGCCGCCCGUACCUCUCAUCGUCCGACGAUGCGUUGAGGAAAUCGAGAGACGAGGACUUGAUAUCAUAGGUCUUUAUCGUUUAUGUGGAGCGGCCAGUAAGAAGCGUGUGCUUCGGGAAGGGUUUGAACGGAACGCCCGUACCGUGGAACUCACGCCUGAGGCUGUUCCGGAUAUAAAUGUCAUAACAGGCGUCCUGAAAGAUUACCUUCGCGAAUUGCCUCAACCCCUGUUCAGUCGAUGCCUGUUCCAAAUGACAUUAGAUGCUUUAGGAGUAUGUCUCCCCGACGACAGGGAAGGAAACGCUCGUCUAAUGGCCUCCAUAGUGGAAUGCUUGCCGAGGGCCGCGAGAGCCACUUUGGUAUUCCUGUUAGACCACCUGGCCCUAGUGGUAGCUGCACAAGACCGCAACAAGAUGUCGCCGCAGCAUCUCGCCGUAGCUCUGGCUCCACCUUUAAUGCUACAUUCGUCGCCUCCUGGCGAAUUGGACUAUCAAAGACCCAUCCAUGUACUCCAAUGUCUAUUACAGAUUUGGCCUCCACCUAAGCGUUCAGUUCGGCGCGGCGAGCCAGUAAUCGGGCCGCGUGGAAACAGAGUCAGUGCGUCGCCAGCGGGCUCACACACGCUCCACCCAGGCCGAGCUCAGUCCUCAGUCAGUCCAUUUCGGCCUCAAGCGGCAGCAUCAGCAGCAUCUCCGCCGCCAGCUCUAUCGGGUCGGCCCGUGCCCGACCGCUCGCCGCCCGCACAUGUUCUCUCAUCAGUCAGGGGCGGCCAAUAUCGUCCGCAGUCGCCGCUCCGAGGUCCGCUGCCCGCACCGCCGCGGGCGCGCUCUGCGACGGCUUCAUCGCCCGGGUCCAGCACUAGCUCGGGCAGUCACAGUCCCGCCGACACGAUCAAGCACGGUGGCUCGGUGUCGUCUAUCUUGCGUCAGCCGGAACGUCAGUCGCCGUCGCGUGCAUCACCGCGCAGCUCUCCGCGAGCGUCGCCGCGUGCGUCGCCCAGAGAGUCUCCGCGCACCGCCUCACCGCGUCUCACGGCCUCAGCUCCGUCGGCCCCCGCCAUACCCGGCACGUCAGCGGGGCUCGCCGUCACACUCAAUUCAGCGCUGAGCCCGCGGUACGAUUCUUCAACGAAUCCGUUCCUGCAGCAAUACGACGCGGAAGCGGAGGCGGAGGCGUGGCGUUCGGCGGAUAUCUUCUCGCCGCCGUCGACGCGCGCAUAAUGAGAGCACACUAAAUUUUUAUAGUCAAUUUAUUCCUUGACUCGGACCACUUGUUCCUUUCGUUUCCCACCUUCGACACAACACAACGUGUAUUAUUUUACAAUUAAUUUUAAUUUUUCCGUAAUAAGGCCGAAAAUUGAUGCGCCAUUUUUUAAAUGAAUUUAACAGAAAGUAUUAGACCUCUAUUCCUGUUAUCUAUUUAUUUGCCUUCGUUUGUUAAUUCUUUUGAGAACUCGAUUAUUAACAGUGGGGUGGGCUUCGAACGGCGAGUGCGCCGCGUGCGACGAAUUAAACCGCGCCCGUACAUUACCGUUGUUUGUUCGAACGUGGUGACGUAUUUGUUAUAAUAUAGAGCGAGUUGCGAUGUAUAUUACGGUGAGAAUGUUAAUGCUGACGCGUGAGGCUCGGCCUAGCCGCCCGUUGCUGUAUCGUCGUGUAGCCUCUAUAGUAAUUACCGUAUCGUAUUGUACAUUGUAUAUAAGAAACGUAUAUAUAGGUACGCUCCAAUUUUGUACCGUUCGGGCGAUACCGGGGCGGGCGGUUCGCGGCACUACACACAUCAUCCCACAUAUCAGAGACUUGUGUACACCACUGACACGAUAAUCGAUCGAAUUGACUAAAACGGUAGGUAUACUCGGGAAGCGUUCUAAGCGUGUUUAUGACGCAACUUAUCAGUGAAGUAGAGUAAUGUGUAUGUUCUGUCGUUGGCGAACACAAGUCAGUUAGCUCGAGUAGGGAGAGUGUAUCGUAGGUCAGACGUAUGGACUGUCUUGAGACUGAGACCAUAUCAGAGUAAAUGUAGCGCGUAGAGGCGAACGUGUCCGUCGUAGAAAGAGCGAUUACGUCACACGUCGCUAAACUAGCGACAUCUAGCUACAUUGUGACAUAAAGGUAUUUAUCGUUCAAUAUUGUUCAUGCAACCUUUACAUACCUACUCCAACUAUUAUAUUAUAUUGAUGAAUAGAAUGUGAUUAUUUUUAGUGAAGCGCUUAAACGAGUCGCUGAUUCUAUGAAGGAUUGGAAUCAAUUUUGGGAUCGGUCGCAUUCUCAAGAUAAAAGGUGUUAUAUCCGAAAUUCGAAUCUAAGUUCCUUGAGAUCUAUAAAAUAUUUCAUCAUUAUAGUAUUGCGCUGGUUUAGUAAAACAUAAUGAAUUAAUCGAAUUAACGGUUUUUGCUAAAUUUUUCGGUAUAAUCAUUAUAAUUUUAUCAUACAGACGAAAUGCGUUUCAUAUUUCGUGAUUCGGAAAUAUCACCUCAGUUUCCAAAGGCGUCUGCUAGACAUAUAAGAGUGGGGAAAUCGACCAAUGAGCGCGCUGAUCCUACUUUCACUGCCAUGGUUGGUCCAUUAUGAUAGAAAACAUUAUGAUUAUACACUUGUUUAUAUGUCUGUCGGAGGCUACACGGUCAAAUUAAAAUUUUGAGCGACACUUCAAGACUUAAUCUUAUCGAAUAAUUAAUAUAUAAAAAAAUAGGUAUGCACAAAUAACUGACUGAAAUGGGACAGAAAAACCAUUUUUUUUAAUAUAAUAUAUAUUUUUAAAACGUUUUUUCGUAACAUUUUGUAACUAUAAACAAAGUCUGAUCUAUGUUCGAAAUACGCUCCUGCCUGUAAUUUAGAUGAACUUGAUUAGAGCAUGCUUAUUUUAGUGUUUUACUUUUCCUUUUCAUAAGAAGAUACACC